AUGAUACUCCAAUAUAUAUGUUGCUUAUUCUCUUUUUCUAGUAAUUAAAACAAAUAAGAGAUGAAUUUGCCAAAGAUCUCAUUUUUUGAUGAUCCUAAAUCCUAAUUGUGGAUCAAGGAUGUCGUUUAGAUGUCAGAUCCAAUAAUUAGUGGAACUUUGAUCAAGAAUUCAAAGAAAGGUGUUUAGAAGGAGAUCACCUACUUUAUCUAGGAUGGAAGGUUAUCGAAUAAUAAGAAAUAUAUUGAUCUUUAAAACGUGACGUUGGAUAAACUAAAGAAUUACGGUUUCAAGUUGACGAGGAAUCGAAAAUCAGUAGAGUUGUUCGCCCAUAACGAAUAAGCACAAGUAGUGUGGUAUGAUUAUAUGAAAUCCUUUUGCAUUUAAAGAGGCUUUAACAAUGUAUAUUCCAUAAACAAAUUGAUAGGGAAGGGUAAUUUUGCGAAGGUGUAUAGUGCAUAAAAGAAGAGUGAUCAAUCAUUGUACGCUGUAAAGGCAUUUGACAAACUGAAAUUUCAAGACAUCCGAAUCGAUAAGCCUGCAUUAAUAAAGGAGUUAUCCAUAAUGAGAAAGAUGGAUUUUCGAGGCGUGAUCAAAUUGUAUGAGGUUUAUGAAAAUGACAAUUACAUUUUUUUGGUUUGUGAAUUGUUGGAAGGAGGAGAACUCUUCAAUUAGAUGAAGGGCAAGGCCUACGAUGAGAAAACAGUGGCCAACAUCAUGUACAGAAUCCUGCAAUCAAUUGAUUACAUCCAUUCGAUGGGAGUAUUGCAUAGAGACAUCAAACCUGAAAACCUCAUACUUCGUACAAAAGGAGACAUGGCCGAUGUUGUAAUAGCAGAUUUUGAUUAUAUGUUUAAACGUUGUGGUACUCCAGGCUAUGUUGCACCUGAAUUAUUACAAGAUAAAAUCUAUGACUUCAAAGUGGACAUCUUUAGUGCAGGAGUACUAAUGUUCAUAAUGUUGACCGGUGCAUCUCCAUUCAAAGCCAAAUCUUAUGAUGAGAUUGUGAUGAAGAACUACCAUUGUCAGAUCGAGUAUGGUUUAAUUAACAAUCAUCCCCUCAGUGAAGAGGCUAUUCAUUUGUUGAGAGCAUUGCUUGAGAAAAAUGCUGAUCUCAGAAUAAGCACUGAAUUGGCUCUUUAACAUCAAUGGUUCCAGAAAUAGGCAGACUAUCAGUUGCAUCUUGAAGAGAACCUACCAAGACACAAAAGGAAUUCAGAUCUCUAUGCCAGAACACCAUUGAUGGGUCAAGAACUCAAUCAGUCAUUAACCUCAACUCCUCUUAGUGUUACUCCCUAAAUGAGGAGUAAAUCAAAUACAGCUGACAUCAAUCGAGAAGAACCUAAUGGAAAUACAUUCAGAUAACAGAGUCAGUCAGUCAAGGUUCAGAAACAAGAAUGCAUUUUAGAAGAAAAUGAUUAUAAUGUUAAUGAAGAUGAUGACAUUCCUCAUAGUAACCAAAUUAAAAUGUAUUAGAUCCAACCAAAAUUAAAAAAAAAUUAGGAGGAUCAAUAGAAGUACAAUGUGGAUAAUGCAAACAGCAUUCGUGGAUCACUCAAAUAAGCUUUUUGA